AUGUGGCCAUUCUCUACUCCCUACCCUGAACGGACCGUCGAGGAGAUUGUCGAUCAUGUGUAUGAUUACAUCAUUGUCGGAGCUGGCACGGCUGGGUGUGCUCUUGCAUCUCGCCUUAGCGAAGGCGUGGAUGUAACAGUUCUAAUCAUUGAAAAAGGCCCAAUUCAAGAUACUUGGCAAACUCGGGUACCAUUGAUAUCGUGUGCAUUGACUUCGAUUCCCGGAAUGGUAUAUCAGGAUUCUAUGCCGAACAGGGGAUGCAAUAAUCGCAAAAUUCCAAUGUACCGCUCGGAGUCUCUUGGAGGAAACUCCAGAGCGAAUGGUAUGAUAUACACGAGAGGGUGGCCGGCAAUAUAUAAUCAAUGGGCACUACAGACAGGAUAUACGCACUGGAGUUGGGCUGCCGUAGAACCUUAUUUCCUCAAAAUUGAAAACAGACACAAUGAGAGCUCUUCGAAAAAUGAUAAAAAUGAUAUUUUGGGACCUGUUCAAACUUUGCAGUAUGGACCUCAAUUUCAGUUCUCCAACUUGGUGGAAAAAGCUGCUUCAGCACUCGGUUUUCCUAUAGAACAUCAUAUCAAUAGACCGGAGGCACUCCCAAUGGGGUUCUUCCAUUUCGAUUUAACGAUUGAUUCCCAAGGCUACAGGCAUUCGGCAUUUAAGUCCUACCUCCCCAAAGUGCUGGUAGCCGAGCGUCAGGAUCACCUCACUGUCUGUACUGGUGGUGUGGUCACAAGCAUCGACCUUAACGCAGAAAACGGCAUUGCUACAGGUGUCCGAGUGAAGGGAGUUAAAACUGGAAAGAUGGUACAAAUUCGAGCCCGACGUGAAGUUAUUCUGUGCUGCGGUACCGUAGGGUCUCCCAAACUCUUACAGCUUAGUGGCAUAGGACCGGCGACUUUAUUGGAAGCACACGGCAUCCCUUUACACUGCGAUUUGCCUGUAGGCAAGCACCUCAGUGACCACCAAGGUAUCCCAAUAUGUCUAGAACUACCCUUCGAUCAGACGUUCCAUAUCAUUCAGAAAAGCUAUCUGCAGGCUUUCUGGCAGCUUCUCCGCUUCCAAUACAAUGGGACUGGUCUGUUGAAGAAUGGCCCAACGCAAUCUUCCAUAUUUUUGAAUACCUCUCAUCUAGAUCCUCUGACUCACUUGCCGAGGAAAAACAUUGACUCUGACCCGACGAACCCAGGAAAUAUACCCGACGUUGAAGUGAUGAUAGUCCCUGCCAGUACGCUGAUAGACACCGAGGAGGUCAUAUCAUUAGCAUCAAUCUACACAUGCCUCCUACAGCCGCGGUCCGAAGGCUGCAUCGAAAUAUCAUCUAUGGACCCAGAAGCAAAUCCGACAAUACACCUGAACUUCCUUGACCAAGCUGAGGAUCUUCAGGUUGUGCGGAAUGCUCUGAGGUUCUCUUUGAAUCUAACAAGGUACCUAUCAAAAGAGUUAGGCUUUCCUCAACCAGCAAAGUUAUACCUUGCUCCUGGAACAGAACAAGAGCCUGUUAAAGCGGAUUUAACCGAUGAAGAAUUGGAUAAUUUUGCACGCAGGAAUAUCCAAUCAGUCCUACAUUUAGCAUGUUCUUGCCGCAUGGGAAGCAAUGGAAUUAAUUCAGUAGUGGAUGGGGAGUUGAGAGUUCAUGGAUUUUCCAACCUUCGGGUGGCCGAUGCAAGUGUGUUUCCUGUCAUCCCAGCUGCACAUACGAUGGCACCCGUGUAUAUGAUUGCCGAGCGUUGCGCAGAUUUCGUGAAAGAGGCUUGGAGAGAUAGGUAG